UUGCAGAGUGGGGGGAAACUGAAUCGAUCACCGAGCACGCGUUGGACAAAAUCUUAGAUUAUCCGUUUUUCCAAUUAGAACAGAAUCUCACCUCUACCGAUCGAUACUCGUGACAUUGAACAUCCUGGAGAAUAUCGUACACUAUCAACCAAGUUCCAUGAAACAUUACAAUAUCAUCCGUUAUGAAUAAUGGGAAAUCUCCGAUGCGCCAGGAAGAUUGAUACCUUGUUAAAUCAUGAUCGGUCAUACAUUUCUAAGUAAACCGUCGAGCACGUGUUUUGUGACGUGUAUUGUUGUUUAAUCGUUGCAAAACAUGCUAUUAACUUUAGUCGUUAAUAGACUUUUGCACAUCGUGCGUGUUGCGAAUGGUAUUUAUUUUAAAAAAUGCUCCUGUUUGCUGUAGCAGUUUUAUGUUUGGAUUUGCGUAUUGUGAACAGCCUAAAAUGUUACGAAUGUACAAUUUCGGAUGGACCAGCAUGUGAGCACGUUCUAACCAGCGGGAAUAUCUCCAGUACCAACUGCGAAUUAUCAGUAUUCAAUGUAGACUUUACUCAAUCACGAGGAGGUGAGAAUAUUCGAUGCCUCAAAACUAUUGAAAGGAACCAAACACAUACAUUUUACACACGCAGGUGUGCGUUCAAAUCGGAAGGCAACAUAUGUGACACAAAAACCUACAAAGACACGGAGCUUUUAGAAUGUCAUUUAUGUCAAACAGAUCUCUGCAACAGUGGAACCAUGCUGAGUGUUCCAGUUAUCGUUAUAUUAAUAUUGUUUAUUUUUUCUUUGUAAUAUUUGAAGGUAUAAUAAAUAAUAAAAUGAAUUUGCACAUAUGUUAA